AUGGCCACCAUGCCUCAGAACGAGUACAUGGACCGAUGGCGACGCCUUCACGGCCGUCGCCUCGACCACGAAGAGCGAGCCCGCAAGCGCACGGCGCGUGAGGGCCACGAUGCCUCAGAGAAGGCGCAGAACCUGCGAGGCCUGCGUGCCAAGAUGUACGCCGAGAAGCGGCACAAGGAGAAGAUCCAGAUGCGCAAGCAGAUCAAGGCCCACGAGGAGCGCAACGUCAAGGGCGCCGCCCCGGACAACGACCCGGCCAACCCCGUCCCCGCCUACCUGCUCGACCGCAAGGACGCCACCUCGGCCAAGGCCAUCAGCUCCGCCAUCAAGAACAAGCGCGCCGAGAAGGCCGCCCGCUUCGCCGUGCCCCUGCCCAAGGUCCGCGGCAUUUCCGAGGAGGAGAUGUUCAAGGUCAUCAACACGGGCAAGAAGACCCACAAGAAGGGCUGGAAGCGCAUGGUCACCAAGCCCACCUUUGUCGGCCCGGAUUUCACGAGGAGACCGGUCAAGUACGAGCGGUUCAUACGUCCUAUGGGACUGCGUCACAAAUACUGCCAUCUCUCACAUCCUACUCUGGGAGUGACGAUCAAAGCUCCCAUCCUCAGUGUCAAGAAGAAUCCGCAAAACCCUUUAUAUACCCAGCUAGGCGUGUUGACCAAGGGCACUGUCAUAGAGGUGAAUGUGAGCGAGCUUGGUAUCACGAGCACGUCCGGGAAGGUCGUAUGGGGAAAAUGGGCCCAGAUCACAAACAAUCCAGAGAACGAUGGUUGCGUGAACGCUUUGUUGCUUACCUAG